GCCUACAAUGUUGAUAAGACUAAACUUGCUGAGUUAGCAAAACUUGCAAUUUUGUGCACCGAUCAACAAUCAGGAUGAGCUCCGAUUCAUCGAAGGCCAGCCCAGUGGGAGGAGACUCACCUGCAGCUGCUGAUACAAAGAAUGCCAAAGAAUCAUUUGGAGGCAAGACAAUCACAUUUGCGGGCUCAUUUUGUCUACAACUCAAUAACUCGAUGGGACCAGCGAUGGUGUUGUUGCCGUUGAUGAAUCAAGCUGCAGGAUGGCUCACCCCUACUAUCACUCUCGUUCUCCUUUUCUUCCUUUCCACGCUUGCUGGCACAAUGCUGUGUGAGGCAAUGCAGCGCAUUCCUGGAAAUAGAAACUUCAACGCAGAGCCUAGAUACGAAUUUGCAACAACAGUGAGACAUUAUUAUGGAAAGACGGCAUACUGUAUAUUCCAAAUUGCGUACAACAUCUCAUUGCAAGCUCUCAACAUUGCAGCAAUGAUUGUAUCCGCACAGACAGUCGACAUAUUCAUUUACAAGAUGUCCCAUCACGGCUAUGCGCUUGACUACAAAACAUUUACAAUAGCGAAUGGAUGUGAAGACUUUAUGAUAAAAAAUGUUACAAACGUAGAAGAGUGCUUUGUGCAAGGCAACAUUUUCUCACAUGAUCAAGUUAUUUCACUGGGAUUUAUUAUCACUAUGAUCAUGUGCAUUCCACUUGGCUACAUUAAUCUGGAUGCCAACAUGUGGUUCCAGUGGUUUUCACUUAUUGGUCUCCUAGUCUUCACUUGUGAAUUCAUAGUUCAGUUCAUACUAAAUGCCAUCCCUGGAACAAAAUGGCAUCAGAAUGGUCAAACCGCCAGCGGAUUUGACCAAACACCACUUUUUGAUUUGAGAGGCCAACCCCAAGUUUUAGGUUUAUCAGUCCUGGCAUAUGCAUAUAUUGUCACUAUACCAUCUUGGGUAAAUGAGAAGAAGCAAGGGGUUAACGUCAACAAAGCAAUUUGGUAUCCAGCAAUCGCUGCCUUAAUAAUGAAAGUAUCAGUUGGCAUAACAGGUUCGUGGGGAUUUCAUCUGUUCAAUGCACAGAAUGGAACUGCCAUUGAAGGAUCAGAUGACAUUCUGAACUUCCUUCUUGCACCACAAAUGCCUUGGUGGACUCAAUAUUCUGCUUAUCUAUGGGAUCUCACAACCCUUAUACCUGGCAUUCCUGUCUUAUCCAUUAUGGUUCGAUACAACCUGCAAGCAGGUAAUGUAUGUGGACGAAAGAUGGCUUUCUUUCUGGGUGUGGUGCUGCCAUGGAUAGUCACAGCAUUCUGUUAUGAGUAUGAUGCUCUGAACACAAUUUGCAGUUGGGCAGGGAAUGUCAUAUCAGGAUUUGUCAACUUCACUGUACCAGCCAUACUUUAUUACUCAUCACACAAACGAUAUGCAUUCCUUGAUGGGCUGAAAGAAAAACCCAAAGAAGUAAAACCUCUGCAGCAAGAAAAUGCCGAGCCUAGUCAAUCUGACACCAAACCACUGCUUUCACUCAGUGCUAGCUUACCAUUGUUACAGGCAAAAGAGUACACUACAGUGUCUGCAUCAGAAACAGAAAUUACAUCAGAAAACAGUCUACUAAACAUUAAUGAAGACUAUUCCUUGACUUCCUGCCCGAUUGAAAAAGAACUACCAUUUCUAAAUGAGGAUAUCGAGUACCUAGAACCACCAGUCAAUGCAGUUCCUGAAUGGAUUCCAAUUGAUCGAAAGAAGCUAGCACUCUUCAUAGCAGCUAUAUUCACAUUUCUAUCAGUAGCGUACACUGUGGUUCAAAUCUAUGCUACAGUUGUAGGCGAUCAAGACUAAUUAAAACUUUAUAUGCUAUUCUUUGGAAGCCUGUCAGCACAGUACAAUUUUUACUAUCAAUGUCAAUAAUAAAGUAUUAUUAUGCUUAUCGUUGAAAUAGUUAUGAAAGC